CAAAGUGCCAGAAAGGCUCUCGGGGGGCACGAGACGGGCGAUGACGACCAUUCCAAAUGUACCUCCUUUCCCCAUCGUCGUCUCUUGAUCCUUGUAUGCAUUUCCGUCGUAGCUGCCGACUUCGGCAAUUACCUUGGCUAUGCCCCUCAUAUCGAAAUUCUUGAGUCGAUUAUCUGCCGCCAGGCUGGAAGCGGCAACUCGUUUGGGAUAGAUGACAAGUGCAAGUCUCCUCUCGUGCAAGGAGAAUUAGCCCUGAUAAAUGGAUGGAAAGACACAUUUGACCAAGUGCCAGGAAUCCUCCUCGCGCUUCCUUAUGGGUUUGCUGCUGACAGCAUAGGGCGCAAGCCCAUCAUGGUCUUUAGCUUGGUUGGACUCCUUCUUGAAGAAAUUGCCAUGCGAUUGAUUUUUUUCUUUAAUUCCGUCCUACCACUACGGGUGAUUUGGGCGACGCCCAUUUUUCAAAUCAUAGGCGGUGGACCCCAAAUAGCGACCGCUAUGGCCUACGCCAUGGUUACCGACAUUGUGCCAAGUCAUCAAAGGGCAUCUGUUUUCUUCAUUUUGUCUGCUGCAACUCUACUCGGCGAAAUCGUUGCUACACCAGCAUCUGCAUUCCUAAUGUCGUGGAGCCCGUGGAUCCCUUCACUGUUGGGUAUUUUCUUUGAGUUUUUCGGACUGGUCGGAGCCGCUCUCGUCUCUGAUGUUCUGGAGGAUGAGGUGGAGAGCGAAGACGAAGAAGACCAGGAAUACGGACAUAAUUUGAGCUUGGCGCACGAUCCACCAUAUUUACGUUGGAAAAAAGCGGUACGACGGCAGUGGACCCACAUUCGACACGGAUAUACGACAUUUUGGAACGUAAACCUCUUCUGCACUGUCGGUGCAUUUUUACUCGCAAGUAUAGGUCGCCAAGCGCUACAACUCAUUGUUCAAUAUGCCUCAAACCGCUUUUCUUGGAGUAUUGCGCGUGCUAGUUCACUCAUCACGCUGAAGGGCAUCAUAAAUCUCCUCACUUUACUGUUUAUUCUUCCUUGGGUGUCCAACUGGUUGAAUAAACAUUUACUUUUGUCCUCCGCUGCCAAGGAUCUCCGUAUUGUGCAAGGUAGUGUGUGGCUUCUAACUCUGGGUUCUGCCCUCAUGGCCGUUUCCACCCAUCCGGCGAUAUUCAUAGUGGGAGUCAGCUUGCUCGCAUUCGGAUGGGGCUUCUACUCGGCCCUGCGAAGCUUGGCCAUGGAAUUGGUAUCGCCAUCGCAGGUUGGUGUUGUGAACACGGCGAUUGGAUUUGCCCAAAGCAUCGGUUCGUUGCUCUCAGGGCCCAUUCUAGCUGCCGCAUUCCGUCGGGGCUUACAAGAAGAUGGGCUCCUGGUGGGACUACCUUAUAUGCUUGCCGCAGGUCUAUUUUUCCUAUCCGGUUGCUUAACAGGGUGUGUUCGAGUUCCGCGGGGAAUAAGUGGCAACUGA